AUGCCUGGGCCUUCAAAAGACACAUCCUGGUGGGCACAGGAUCGGAACAUUUGCACCUUGUUGUGCAAGUUCAAAGGAAGCGAAGCUUCAGAUCCUCGUGAUAGGGUUUACGCAUUGAUGGGAAUGGCAUCAGAUAUGAACAGCAACGCGAUUGAAGCUGACUACACAAAGGAAGAGGAGAUGAUCGUUCGGGACUUGUGCCAGUACAUUUAUGGUGAUCGGAGCCCCAUCCGUGGUUUCUCUAUAACCUCGAUACGAGAGUUUCAGUCCCAGCUUUCUUCCAUAUCGACACGGCUUCUCAUUAACAUGCUUGAAACAAAGCCCACACAACAGUCUUUGCUGCUUUUUCUAGGCCGACAGGGUAUAUUGAAAGAUAUCGGCGACAUUGCGCUACGAAAACUGCUAGAUCGUGGAAGUCAUCUCGUAAACUUGUACCUCAGCAAGUGCGAAACCCCCUUCAUGAUUACUCUCCAGGUUGCUGAGAGAAGUCUUGCGGACUUUCCUAAUCUAUUCAAUUAUUUCUUGGAGAGGCAACAGAUACCCCCGAAUGUGUUACGGGGCAUUGCUUCCUGGAUGAUCGCUGUGAACUAUCAUGGUCUGGAAUCAUUUCUUAGACGGUUGAAAUUGGAAAUGGAUCCUGGACCGGAACUUAUCAUGAACUUGAUGACAUAUGGCCCAAGUGAGCCUGUAAAGCUUCUCGAAUUAAUUUUUGAGGCUUUUCGAAAACCCAUUGAACUGGAUGCGGUUACCUUUAUGCAAGCUAUUGAUGAGAAUGAGGCGGCACUCAAGCUUCUCCUCCAACACUGUCAGCAUCCUAUCAUGAUACCAGACAAGGUUUUGGUCAAGGCUAUCUCGUCUGGCAUUCAAAAACUACGGAUCAUUCUUGAGACACCUAAGCGUACCAUUUGUAUAGAAGAGGAUGCUUUUGACGCUGCAGUAGCACAGGGUUCGACAACACUUCAACUUCUUUUUGACCAUUGCGAUGGCGGUGUAUUGAUUAGUGACCAGCUGCUGCGUUCGGCAAUCCAGGCGGGUCCAAAGACCCUGGAAAGAGUCCUACAGAUGUCCUCCGGAAUUCAGGUUGGAAUAGAUGGAAGCAUUUUCAUAGCAGCAGCCGCGCAAGGACCAAAAACAGUGCAGCUUCUCUUUAAUCAUUGUCACCACCCUAUGUAUACGGCCAGAAAGGCCAUAUACACCGCUAUUUCAUACGCUCCUCGCACUCUGGAGACUAUGCUAGAGUUUUGUCCUUUCAAAGUCGAGUUGAGGAAGGACCUCUUUGUACGCGCCGUGGCGAAAGGUCCGGUAACACUAAAACUUCUUUUUCACCACUGCAUCAGGCCUAUCAACGUAACGAACAAGAUGCUUGAAGUGGCUAUCCGGGGAGGCAUAUACUGGAGGUGA